AUGGUAGAGUGGGGUAAAAGGCCGAGGAUGGAGAGGAGGGUAGGGGAGGUCUGGCGCGUAAAGGCGAGACCAAGACAAGACGUGUGUCAAGUGGGAACCGGAGGACCAGCGAGUCGCGCAACAUACACCUCACCGCAGAGACGACUGGGCAUCAGAACCCUGGGACCCUUGUCCAGGGACUCUCGUCGGAGAAAUAAAAAUGGCCAACCAGAAACACUUUGCGGUGCGGGAAAGAGAGAGAACGUCCAGGUUCAUGGACCCAUCGGCAAAAAAGGCCGACCUGGACUUACAACGAGGGAUAAUGGUUGGAGAGAAAGAGACAGAGAGAGGGAGAGGAGAAAGGAGCCCGACGCGGGGAGACAACUUUUUUUUCCUUUCCCUGUGCAGGUUGCUACGAGGUUUUCCUACGACAGAUACCUAGACGAUGGUGCGCGUCCGUCUGUUGAGACGGUCCUGAACCCGACUCGAUACCCUCGUUCACGCAAGGCGAGAGUUCCGACGGCCGCGCGCGCGCGUGUGCACUUUCUGGACGAAAACUACGACGACGACGACAGAAAGGCAUUGUAG